UCGAACUUUGAAUCAUUCGUAGUAGUUCAUCCACUUAACCAACAUCGUCUCUGACGCUUGGGAUUCUCUCUUGGGAAACCUGUGAGGUCGACCGAGUAAAGCUUCAUUACUAGGAACGCUCCUUGUCGCGGGGAAAAGUGCCGAUGGCAUCCAACCCGCCACCUAUAAAGCCAUCCUCCUUCCGCCUCCUGAUCCUGUCCCCAUCGCCGCCGGACGUGACGUCGACUCCUCCAUUCCGCCCGUUUCUGGAAGCAGUCACCGGCUCCAAGCCGUCGGACGAAGUGACCUCGUUUGCGGGGUAUACCUCGCACCCGCCGCUGAGCUUGAGGACGAAAUACUACAGCGCCGACGUGAGCAUCUGGUGCGACGAACUGCCCUCGCCCACGGCCGCAGGGGCGACAAAGAGCACCGGCAAGGGUUCGGACCAUGCCGAUUCAGAAGAGGGCCAGCAGCAGCAGCAGGUGGCGGAGUCCGAGUCUGUAACCCUCUCGGAAUGGAGGGAGCAAAUGCUCUCCUUCGAGGCGGCAGAGGUGCGCGCCGUCAUCGGUGGGGUCAUUCUUAUCCUCCCCGUCACCUCGCUACAAUCGUCGAAUGCGUCGCAUGUCUCGCUCGUCGAGACUGUCCAUGCACUUCGUGAAGCGAUCGAGGACGAAAGCUACGGGCGAGAUGUCGCUUCGCUCGUGGUACUACAGGCUACGACAUCGACGGUAAGCAAAGCCAGGCUGAACGAGACGAUGGAGCAUUUGGAGGAGACUUGUUUAUCCGAAAAGGGCAUAUUAGGGUGGGACUUCGUCGUGUGGGAUGGUCAGCUCGAGGCACCAAGCGAGGGAAAAGAUCACCAGACGGCCGAGGAGACGGGAGAUAUAAACAGGGAUGAAGGGGAUGAAAGAAACGAGUUCGGCGAAAAGACAGGGAUCAAACGAGUCAUCGAAGCGCUCGAGGGAGUCGACUGGUCUGCACCACCCCAUUCGGACGGUGAGGAUGAAGGGCACGGGGACUUUGACUUUGCAGAUGUUAAUGAAGACGACGAGGACGCUGGCGAGCUGUUUUCUUCUACGUCAAAGAACAUACUCGGAAACAGCACGGGGCUGCUAGGGUUUGACUAUGAACUCCAACGUGAGAUGAUGGAGUUAAAGAUGUCGAUGCUUGAAGACGCUGACGACAGUGAUGACAAUAACCAGGAAGGUCCCGAGAGGGAGCAAGAAGAUGAAGACACGCAGGUCGAGCAGCUGCAGACGUUGAUGGAGAGAGUCGUCGCAAUCCGCGAGGCUGGGUCAGAGAUGCCGAAGCCCGAGAGGGAGAAGUUCGCGCGGAGGGAGAUUGGGAGGAUCAUGAGGGAGAUGGGCUGAGGCGUCCCUGAUGUGUUUUUUGUGUGCGAUUUAACUGGGAAUCCACGAUUGUACGCUCUCAGUCUCAUUUUUCGACCGUGAAUGGUGACGUUUCCCAC